GCGCGGCCUUCAGUCUCUGCAGCGACCCACGCGUGAGCACACGUAAGACGCCCACUCGUGCUCGGACCGCCGACCGUACGCGAACUGUUGACGCUACCUACCACUAGUGACUCGGACGCCCUUUCUCUCGCGCGACCCGUGCCGACCCGUGCUCGCUGAACCGCCGACCCGGAGUACCCGCGACGACCGCAACUGCAGCGGCCGACUCACCAUCCGAAGGGUAAUGUCGUCGCUAACUUGAUAACAAUUACAUCAAAUACCUAAUAAGUGCGCGUAAGCAUCACAUCAAGCUAUGAAGGCACAAGGAGAACACGGUAUGACUGUGGCGCACGGCGGCGGCGGUGAGGACCACCGGCCGGAUAAGGACUCCGUGUACACGGUCAAGACCGGCUUCAGAAACGACGCCUACCAACAUGAGAGGGACCCGAGCGACGACAUCGUCAAGCCGCCGCCUCUCCCCACCGAAGACGACUCGUACGCCUCGGGGAAGGUGAAACUAUCGAGAAACGAGAAAUGGAGGAUAUUAAAAAACGUGGCAGCAGUCAGCGCCGCGUUCAUGGUCCAGUUUACCGCGUUCCAGGGGACGGCGAACUUGCAGUCCUCGAUCAACGCCGCGGACGGGCUCGGCACUGUCUCCCUUAGUUCAAUUUACGCAGCACUUGUCGUGUCCUGUAUAUUCGUGCCCACGUUCCUCAUCAAAAGGCUAACAGUCAAGUGGACCUUAUGCCUGUCUAUGAUGUGCUAUGCGCCGUACAUCGCCGCCCAGUUUUACCCGAAGUUCUACACGUUGGUACCGGCCGGCGUGAUCGUGGGCCUCGGAGCGGCGCCCAUGUGGACGUCCAAAGCCACGUAUUUGACACAAGCUGGAAGCGUUUACGCCAAGCUGACUGAUCAAGCUGUAGAUGGCAUAAUUGUGCGAUUCUUCGGGUUCUUCUUCCUCGCGUGGCAAACUGCCGAGCUGUGGGGAAACCUCAUCUCCAGUCUGGUGUUCUCCUCUGGAGUACACAGCGGGAACACGUCCAAAGAGAACAGUAGCAGCGCAGUGUUGGCGUGCGGCGCCAACUUCUGCGUGAUCGGUGGCGGUCACCAUGACAACCGCAACCUGCACCGGCCGCCGGACAGCGAGAUAUACGAGAUCAGUGCCAUAUACCUCGCCUGCGUCGUCGUCGCCGUGUUGAUGGUUGCUCUACUAGUUGACCCGCUUUCAAGGUACGGUGAAAAGCAGAGGACCUCUGAGGCGAACAAGUUAUCCGGAAUCCAGCUUCUGUCAGCCACGGCUUACCAGCUGAAGAAACCGAACCAACAACUGCUCAUCCCGAUCACGCUGUGGAUUGGAAUGGAGCAAGCUUUUAUUGGCGCUGAUUAUACACAAGCCUACGUCUCGUGCGCUCUCGGCAUCCGUUCCAUAGGCUACGUGAUGAUCUGCUUCGGAGUAGUGAACGCGGUGUGCUCGCUCCUCUUCGGCUCAGCUAUGAAGUACAUCGGACGGUUCCCGAUACUUGUGAUGGGGGCCGCCUUGCAUCUCGGCCUCAUUGUUUGGCUCCUCAUUUGGAGACCGAAUCCAGAAUCGCCCUCCGUCUUCUUCGUAAUAUCUGGUCUGUGGGGAGUCGGGGAUGCGGUUUGGCAGACUCAAGUCAACGGAUUGUACGGCGUGCUGUUUAGACGAAACAAGGAAGCCGCGUUCUCCAACUACAGACUGUGGGAAAGCGCUGGCUUUGUUGUAGCCUACGCCUACUCUACCCACCUGUGUGCCAGGAUGAAGCUAUACGUGCUCAUGGUGGCACUGCUAGUCGGGGUGGCAGGAUACAUCAUCGUGGAGAUAUUGCACAAGAGAAAGGCGCUUCGUCUAAAGGCAAUAGCCGAGAACCCCGUUGAAGCAGCCGAAGCCGCCAAGCAGCCUCAAGAGGAGGAUGACGAGAAGGACGACAUUGACGAUGAUUUGAUAAUCACGCACCUGUAAGCCCCAGGCGGACCACGGUUAAGCGCUUUAAAGCGCCAGAACAUUUGCCAUACCCAUUUUAUAGGUACAAAACGAGCUAUCUCGAAUUUAAUCUAUUUAUAUGUAUCUCUUAGUUAUUAGGCUUCAUAUUAAGGAGCGUGUAGUGUAAUUGAUCGACGAUUUUUAUAGAUCUACGACAAUCGUAUUUUUCAAUUCGAGGAUAAUAUAUCUAAUGGACCGCCACCGAUCUUCGGCUCGGCGUUUUAAAUAUUGCAUGUUUUUUGGCAUACCACCGUCGACUGAAUGAGAUAAUGUUCUGAACUUAUAUUAUGUUAUGUUCUAAGAGCAUUUAUUAGGUCGUGGAACAUCAGAUUGUUGAUAUUUCAUACUUAUAAUUAUAGAACUUUUCCUUCCUUUAACUAAAAAUGAAACAAAAGGUGAAACCAUUUUCUUGUUCCCUUGUAACAACUAACAAUUACAAUUAGUAUAGGGUCUUGAAGACAUGUUAUAAAACCCAUCAUUACAAUAUUAUAAUCGUAUACAUAUAAUGUACUACCCCUUUUUUGUUAGUAAAUUAUUUUGUUUAUUAUAAUUGCAUCGCGUUUGUAUAGAUUGGAUAUAAAUUACGUAAUUUCAAGUACGAUGUAACGGUAUUCUUAGCUCUGUAAUAAAUAGUUCCGUUAUUUUUGUCUCUCGAGAUUUAAUCACGGGCUGGCAUUUUUUGUUGAUACUACAAAAAGUCACAGACGAUUGACUGGUUAGCUAAUUGCACGAUUUGCUGAGCGUUUUAUUUAGAGUCAUUAUUCUAUUAGCAUUAGAAAAAAAAUAAUUGAAAUAUACUCAAAGUAAGCAUGCCCGGUGACAGGUCAUCCUUUACAAAUUUAUGCUUUGUGGUUUUAACGUACAAAUAUACCUAGCUGUAGCUACCUAUUACUAAUUCUAUAGCGAUGACGAUAGGCCAGCCUUACACAGGCAGCUCGAGCAGUUAGCCAGUGAUCAACAUAAAUGAACUGCUCUUGCAGUCAGAGUCAACAGUUUGAAACUGCUCGAAGUAGUUACAACUGCUCGAGCGGCUCGCGUAUGUCCGUAGGUAGAAGUCUGCUACAGUCGCAGCUUGAAGCAAUCGAUCCUGACUACUUCAAGCUAUUUGUAUAUGCACCGCCGUAUAAUGCAAUUGAACGCGCUCUCAUGCCACGGUACCAAAUAAUAAAUACCAUGCAUGCCAAGACUAGUCCAAGAUUCAACGUAGAAACGACUUCCUCAUCUGUUGAAAACCAUUUUAUAUCUAAUUUAAUCAAUAUUUUCUUUGGUCUUCCGUUUUUCUUAUACUAGACACAUAUAUAGAACAGUUGGAUGAAGAUCGUUUCUAAUUCAUAUCCUCUACUAUUAGUGUUUGGACUUAAAAUCAAUUAAGUUAUGCUAUAAAGCAUAUGUGCUUUAUAGCAUAACGUAACCACGUUAUCAACUAAGAUGUCUGGCCAUCAAUAAGUUCUCUAUGUCUAUCUAUUAUUAUUUGUGGCCCCAUGACUGAUGAUUAAUUGCCUGACGACUAUGUCAUGCAGGAUUCAACGAAGCUCGAGAGGUAACAAAAGGCAUCCCUAUGUACCUUUAGAAUAUUUGACAUAAAUAAUACUAUGUCUGCACCGACCAUUGCAGUACUUCUUGUAUCUGCCUUUUUAGGGUUCCGUAGUCAACAAGGUACUCCUAUUAUAGUUUGUCCAUGUCCGUCUGUCUUUCCACUGUGUAGGUCAGAUACUAUUACUACAAGAAAGCUUGUAAUUAAGCGUAUAUUCAUAAAAUGUCAAGAAAGUCUUAAAAUAAAAUCUUGAAAAUAUUUUUUAGCCUACUUGUAAAGAGGGGAUCAUUUUUUUACACGUAUAAGUCAUAGUGUGGGGACUCCGUCGACCUUCGUAAUGAGGGUGCUAAUUUAAUCUACGGAAUUCGACACUCCGCGUGGCCCGACAUGCACUUCGCCGGUUUUUAUUAUUUUACUGUCUGUGACAAAAUAAUGUUUAAUGAAUAUAUUAAAUACUAGGCUCAAAGCAAUCAUAUUGUCUGUUAUUUCAAAUUAGGGUAUGGGUUACAUUCCGCAGUAUAAUUACAGUGUGGAGUCUGUGCUCUUUUAUUGUUCUAGAAGAAAGUUCAAAUUCAAACAAAAAUCAAUUACCUUACAUUGUUCAAAGCAUAUACCGAUCGCAUUAGAAUCAAUUCUCCAAUUUACGAUCGAAAUUAAUUUGUUUUAUUGUGAUUUUAUCGAUAAGCGAAUUGUUUAGGGAAUAGUAUCAAAUAUUUAUUUAUUUUCUCUUUUUUAUAUAAUAUACAAUUAGCAUAAUGUUGAAAAUUAAACUACAGAAUAAAGUUAUGAUAACAUAUAAAGUGUGCGUACAAAAAUUUGAAAUUACCUACCUACAUAGAAGAUGUCGUGUUUAUAAAAAUAUAUUAUUAACUUUAUAUUAUAGUUAUAAUAAAUGUGAAUUUGUUAACAGUAAGCGUAUUUUUGUGGUAUUAUUGAGGCAGCAGAUUCACCAUAAGGCACUUAGAUCAAAUAAAUUAAUUUUAUAAUUAAGGCUAUAAAUAUUUAGAUAAGUUAGAUAAAAUAUUUCAGUAAACUACAAUUACUUACUAGCUAACAUGGAUAUUGUUAACUGACCAAUGCCCCGACUUCCCCCGCGUGGAUUGUUAGAGAAACCGUAUGAAAAUUAUUGGCCCAGAUCUAGAUCUUCAUAAAAUAUCGUAUAACUAUGAAACGUCCCAGAGACAAACAAUGUAAUAAGAAAGGCCUCAGUUUUGAUACUAAAUAUACAAUUUCUAUUUUUCUAAAAAAAAAUUAUUUGUGAAUUUAUGAUUUUUUUUAUUUAUAAUAGUUAUUACUGUUGAUUUAAAGGGAAUUUUUUGUUGCAUAAAAAUGUUUUACAAUGAGGUAGUAAUUACGUAAUGCACUUGUAUUGUAAUCAUGUCAGAUUUCUGUGUGUGUGUGUCGACAAUUAGUCGUCAUAACAUAGAAUAUUAUCUUCAAGAAUGCCAGCAUUAAAUAUUUUUACAACUGCUGUGAAUACGUAAUGAAAAAAUAUAUUUGCAAUUACGAGUGCGUUAAGCUUGACUACUUUUUAUUUUUUGAUUUAUUAAAAUUAUAAGAAAUCAUCUUUAGUUUCAUAAAAAUGUAUGAUCUGUUAAUUAAUAUUUAUCUAUAAUAAUUAUGAAUGUCGAAAAUAUUUAGUUUAAAUAAAUUAAAAUGAUAAAAAUAUAUAACCACGUGUAAUUUUGUUUCCAUAUUAUAUUGAAGGGAAGAAAUCAUUUUAUGAUAAUAUAUUAAUCUUUACAUUGGGUAGAUAUACAAUUCUCAAGUAUACGAGUACACUUGAUUAAUGCCACCCAGAUUAAAUUCAGAAUAAAAGGUAUAUUUUUUACCAGCUGAGCCGACAUCAUAAUUUUUUAAUCGGUUGUUUAGAUGAUGUUUUUGUAUCUCAAAUUUAAUUUGUUUAAUCAAAAUAUCAAGGCCUAUCUACUUUUGAAAUUGCAAGCUUUAAAGUUUUCCUACAAGUCCAGAUAAAACAAAGUGUAUUGUAUUUUUAUAUGAUUAUAUGUUGCUAGGGUAAAUGUACCACGUGAUAACAUGAUAGCUGUAAAACGUAAGCGUAUUAUAUUAUUAUUAUGUUACAAUUAUUGUAAAUUUGAUUUUCAAUUGUACUUCUUAAGUUAUUCUAAGGAUAUUAUAUCAAUUAAUUAAUAUACAGACAUUGUUUUUUCUAAUAUCAUUUAUUAAUUUUAUUCUAAGUAGGUAAGUAUAAUAUAUUAUAAAAAUACGAAUUUGUGAUGAAAAUAAACAUUAAGUUGUUUUA